AUGGUAUUUAAAGUUAACAAUGAUAAAUUGAAAGAGUUGUUGAUCAACACCAACAAUGUUCGUAAUGUUGCAAUAGUUGAUAACUUUGGUGAGAGAAAGGAUAUCUUGUUUGGACACUUGGCCAAUUACAGUAUCACAAGUGACUCAGAGACUGCAACUAUAGUUGGUCAGCAAGGUUCAUCCACUGGCGAGCUCUCCAGCAUCCCGCUUCAUUACAAAGAGAAUGAUUCCACUGUUCAGCUACCAGAGUCGACCAAGGGCAAAGAAUUCUUGAUCAAUGCCAUCAAUGCCCAAUCUCAUCUCGACCUCUCUAGCGGGUCGGCCCGCGCCCUCUCGAUAAGUGAUGGUGCCCUGUUCGUUGUCGAUCCAAUUGGAGAGGUGAGUGCCACCACCUCCAAAGCACUUCGCCAGGCCAUCGACAAUGGAAUCGUUCCAACAUUGUUCAUCAACAAAAUAGAUCGAUUGAUCUAUCAAAUGAUGAUGGAUGGAGAGAAUACCUACCUCGAACUAUCAAACAUAUUGUCAAAGUACAACAAUAUCAUUGGAUCAUCAUCAUCGUUGUCCUCACCCUCACUGGACCCAUUGGCUUUAAAUGUCGCAUUUGGCAACGUGGAACAAGGAUGGGGUUUCACUUUGGACAUAUGGGCCAAGAAGACCAUCGGUACCUCCACUGAGGGUAUUUCUGGUGUUCCCAAGUUGUGGGGCGACAACUACUUUGACAUUCAUGCCAAGGAAUGGUCUACUAAGCUCACUUCAGGUUCGGUUCGUGGCUUCACUUAUUUGCUCUUCACUUCCUUGAAAGUGCUCUUAGAGGAUCCAGCCAAUCCAAAGGUUGAGAGUAGAUUGAAGAUCAACUUAACUGAGAGCGAGAAGGCACUCCCCUCCAACCAACUGGCCCCACUUGUCAUGAGGAAGUUAUUCAAUCUUGAGCAAUGUGUUCUUGGAAUGGUUGUUCAGAAGGUCCCAUCACCAGUGACCUCCCAAGGAAUCCGUACUAACAAGUUGUACGGAGGCAAUGGAACGGUUGAUAAGGUGGACCUCCAAGUCAUACAACAAUGCAACUCAAAUGGACCUAUGUUCUUCCAAGUGAGCAAGGUCGUCCGAUCGACAACUGGUACCGUGUACAGCUAUGGUCGUGUGUUCUCUGGUUUUGUCCUGCCAGGCCAGAAGCUUGUAGUGUUGAAUGGCCUUGGAGAGAUCACCAUCGAGUCCUGUCCCGCUGGUAACCUCGUCGCUCUGGUUGGCAUUGAUACUGGAGUUUCUAAGACCAGCACCCUGACCAACUCUGAUAAGGCAAGAACAAUUUCGACAAUCAAGUACUCAAUGGCACCUUUGGUAUCAAUGACCAUCACUGUAAAGUCAGCAUCUCUGACCAAGUUCAAUGAAAAAUACAAGGCCAAUGGCAAUAGCGAUGUCAUUUCUACAACAGUCAUCCGUGAUGGGGAGGCCUUGAUCGGUGGUCCAACUAAACAGACCCUUGACCAAUACUUAGCUGACCUUCUACGAGUUAGUGUCGAGACCACAUCGUCUACACCAAUGACAUGCUACUGUGAGACGGUAUCCGAUCAGUCAAUGACUUCCAUUGCCACGUCGUCCAACAAGAAGAAUAGUAUGACCUUUAAGUCAGAACCAAUAGUCAAUGAGCUGGCCCCCUACAUCGAGUCUGAGCAAUUGGCUGUUAACAUAGUCGAUAGACCCAAGAGAUUCCAAGAUUCUGAAUGGGAGGCCGAUCAUAUCAAGGCAAUUUGUUCAUUUGGACCUAAUGGAUAUGGCACCAACAUCUUGGUCAACUUGGCUAAAAACUAUUUGGUUAUGGACUCGAUCAUUCAAUCCUUCCAAUCUGUCACCAGCCAGGGAUCACUAUGUGAUGAGCCAAUGAGAGGAGUCAGGUUCAACCUCACCGAGGCCAAGAUCAGCUCGGAUGUAGCCCUUUGUGGAGACGGUCAGAUCAUCCCUGCUGCAAAGCGUGCACUCCUUGGAGCUCAUUUGGCUGGGUCCGUUUGUCCAAAGGAGCCAUUCUACAAUAUUGAAGUCACGGUUCCUCAUUCAAUUUCCGAUUCAAUCAUGCAUAUAACAGUCCAGCAUCAAGGUAGUCUUGAAGAGGAGCUUGAUCACUACACCAACAAAGACCUGACUGUAAUCCGUGUCCAGAUACCUGUUGCUCACUCAUUCGGAUUCAUUCCAAAGAUUCAGGCAGACACCAAUGACAAAGCCCAGGUGCAAGUUGUCUUUGGUAAUUGGGUAGUUAUCGAUAAUAACCCAUUCUUUGAGGGCAGUCCUUCCAACAAGAUCGUCAAGGCCAUCAGGACCAGGAAGGGACUUUCCCCAACUCUACCAACACUUGAUUCCUUCGAAUUCCAGUAA